AGACGUUUUAUUGAUUUUUUUAAUAGACAAAUAUUUUACUUUGUUUCAGAUUUUAUGCUCUGGUUUAAUAAACAUGGCAAUACAGUUAUUAUUAGUAAAUUCCUAUUGAUAAUAUCACUAAAAAUUACUACACUUAAAAUAAAAUGUCCAUCACUAGUCAUAAAAAUGAUAUCAAUGAGGAAGAAAAAGAAUCAAUAAAUCUACUUUCUGUCAGUGAAAAUGGAUCAAAACAAAAUAACAAUGAACACAUGAGCGCACACAGAAGAAAGGGUAGCAGCCCAAGCUUAAGGACCAGCAGAAACAGUAGCCAUGGAAGAAGCCUACAAAGAAAAUCUCAUACUAAUACUCAUAGUCCAUCUAGGAACAGAGAUACAGACUCAAUUGGGAGUGCAGGGAGCAUUAUGUUUAAUAUUAGAACCCCUUCUGGUGGAAGCAAGUAUACCUCACCAUCUAUUGCAAGCGUGGAUGUGAAUGAUGAGAUUUUAGUUGGUGAUGAAAGGGAGUUUCAUGAUGCUUGUAAGUCUGGAGAUAUUGACGAGGUGAAACGUUUUAUAAAGUCUGGCAUUGAUAUUAACUGCAGGAAUAAGCAUGAUCGUGUUCCAAUGCAUUGGGCUGCGGGAAAUGGGCAUUUAGAAAUUGUUAAGGAACUGCUGGAUGAUGGUGCUAUGAUGGAUGCAGCUGAUAAGUUUGGUAUGGAUACUUUGCUUUGGGGGGCCUGGUUUGGUCAUGCAGCUUGUGUAAAGCAUAUGAUGCAUGCAGGUGCUAAGUUUACAACAAAGAACAAGCAUGGGUAUACUUGGCUACACUGUGCUGUACAAAAUAAUCACAUGUCAGUGGUGAAUAUAUUGACAGAAGAAAUGCAAGAUUUUGACAAAGAUAUUCAAGAUGACAGUGGAAAAACAAGUCUCCAUGUUGCUUGUAAAUUUGGCAGGCAUGAAAUAGCCCAACGCUUGCUUGAAUUAAACUGUAAAGGGAAAAUCAAAGAUAAUGCAGGGAAUUUGCCAAUACAUAUAGCAGCUAAACACGGCUUUUAUGAAGUUAUCGCACCACUGUAUGAAGCUGAUAAUAGCCUUGAUCAAGUGAACAGUGACCAUAAAACUGCUCUUCACCUUGCAGCAGAAGCUGGUCAUUCAGCGUUUUGCUUGGAGCUUUUAAAGUUUGAUGUCGAUGUCAAUGCUGAGACUGAGGAUGAAGUUUGUCCUUUACAUCUUGCUGUAAUAAAUGGCCACUAUGAUGUAGCAACAGUGCUCAUUGAACAUAAUGCUGAUAUAGAUGCUGGGAAUAAACACAACCAAACACCCCUGCAUUUUGCUGUUACUGGGAGUAAUUUAGAAUUGACAAGAAUCUUGGUAAAAGCUGGGGCAAAUGCAAGUGUUCAAGAUGCAAGAAAUGAAACGCCACUGCAUUUAGCAGCAGAGAACGGCUUGGGGGAAAUUACUGAGUUGUUACUGCUUGCUCAUUCUAAUCAUAACCUCAUGGAUCAGAAGGGAAAGACACCCCUUGAUGUUGCAGCCCGUGGUAACUAUGUAAACAUUGUUGACAUGAUCAUUAAAGCUGAACGCUACUAUUACUGGCGAAUGGCUAUGCAGGCAAAUAACAGCGUAGUCCUAUCUGGAAACCUGAGUUUUAAACCAGACAACCAUUUAUCUACACAACAUUUACGGUCAUUGCUGUAUCGGUUAGCUACCAAGUAUUUAAAGUCUAUUGAAUGGAAACAACUUGCAUUUUUCUGGGGGUUCACUGACAAGCAGUUACUUGCUAUUGAAGAACAAUACACAGGGAAUAAAAGCUAUAAAGAACAUGGUCAUAGGAUGCUUCUUAUAUGGUUGCAUGGAUGUCAGAUUUCUGGCCAGAAUCCAAUCAAAGGGUUAUAUGAAGGGUUGGUAGGUAUACAGAAAACUGAACUUGCAGAAACUAUGCGAGCAAAAGCUGCACAAACGGAUAAUGAAAAAGGAUGCUGUAUUUCCUGAGUUAAUCGUUCUUAACAAAUCGGGUUUAAUUUCCGAAUCGUUCUCAACAAAUCGGGUUUUACAUUCUAAUUUUAAACAAACAAUGAGUUGGAAAGUUAUUGCGAGUCGAACAGUAUCGGAAAUCGGAAUAAACAGUCUCGUGCUAUGCCCGGGAUGGUACUGUUGGUACGUGUUGUUUUUAUUGUAGCUUUCAAGCUUUGUAGUUUUAUCAUUUUAGUCAUACACUUGGGUGUGAUGUUUGUACUAAUUUAAAACUGGUCUGUAAAAGUUUAUUUACAGCUGUUGUAGAUUGAGUUAGUUUAGCAACCAGUAAAGUUUCUCAAGCUUUGUAGUUUUAUCAUUUUAUUCAUACACUUGGGUGUGAUGUUUGUACUAAUUUAAAACUGGUGUGUAAAAGUUUAUUUACAGCUGUUGUAGAUUGAGUUAGUUUAGCAACCAGUAAAGUUUCAUGCAUGAUUAUUGCAGUCUUUUUUUUAUAAAUUUUUUUCUGCUUGUGUAAAUCAUAGUUUAGAGUUUGCAGUACCAACAUUGUUCUUUUAUUUUAAAGUGAAAGUAGUACUCCCAAAAUGCAUGAUGUUUUUUACUUCAAAUUCUGUAUUAUUAUAAUUUCAGUUUUGGUUUCUGUGUCCCAUUGUUAUAUGUUUUUCCAACAGCAUAACUACCACUGGUUUUGGUAAUAGUUAUCGUGUUAAUAAUUUAUGAAAUAUAAAAUUAUGGUGCUGCCAAAGCUAUAAUUCAUUCGUACGUUUGGUGUGCAAUUAUUCUCUUUGAUUCACAAUCUUUCAGAUUUGCUGUCACUUUUAUAUUUUUUUACGGACAUACCAUCUUUUUUACUGUUUAAUAUAAAUUCAAAUGCCAUGCUUUUCUUGUGUUUUUUGUAUUGAUUUGCACAGGCAAAACAUUGCCAAUUUUCAGUUACUUUAUGUGGUGCAGUUAGUUACUUAAGUAUAUAUAUAUAGUUUUUAUAUGAAGCAGGUGAAAUACUAUAUUGCCCUAACUUUUAAUUUUGUUUGCUAGGUCCAAUCUCAGGUAUUUCAGAUUCACGUACUUGCAUGCGUAAGAAUUACAGACAAUUUACAAAGAAUCAAAUUUUUGUUCUACUGCUGAUAUACUGUGUGUUUUCACUGAUCCUGUUCGUAAAGUUCUUCAAAAUGAAUCACAAUCAUCACAUGAUGAGCAGCGGUGGUGAUCACAUGAUGCAUCAUAUGAAUACAACAAUGUCAAUGUCAUCACACAAUAACUCCGUCAACACAACUAUGCCUCCAAUGAAUCCACAUGAAGGACAUCAUACAAUCAGCCAUGGAGACGAAAUGCACAUGACCUUUUACUUUGGGGCAAGCAAUGUUCAAAUUCUCUUUGAGGGAUGUACUGUUAAUUCACCUGGAGCUAUGGUAGGAGCAUGCAUUGCGGUGUGUAUUAUUGCCAUGUUGUAUGAAGGACUAAAAGUUCUUCGUGAGAGUUUAUUGAAGAAAUCAAUCGUAAGUGUAAAGUACGCAACUGUAAACCGUAAUGGCGGGGAUGAAUCAACAUAUGUUGGAACGAAUCGGACUGCCAG